AUGGCUGCGCUCUCUCCGCAGCUUGCGGCACGAUCCUUCGGAAUCAAUGCGACCUACAUCUACGAGUACUCGCGAGGAUUGGGGGGUGUCAACGUCCCUCGCGAUGUGAUCAUCACCCGAAUCAUCUAUUCCUCGGUUGUCGUCCUGGUAUUGGCCCUAUUCUGUGGCCGGAUAGCCCAGAUCAGCCAUUCCUACCUUCGUGAAAUCACCGCGGUGUCGGCAAGCAAAAGGGAACAGACCUUCUGGAGCCAAGAACAAUCAACAUGGUGGUCAUUUGCCAAGAAGCAAUUACUGUAUGCACCUCUGGGCAGAAAGAGGCACAACCGGGAGGUCCAGCUCUCCUCUGCUGUCGGGAUGGGCACGUUGCCAUCCCGAUUCCAGACCAUACUGAUUACCUCGUACCUGGCGAGUCAAGUGGUGUACUGUCUAUACCUCGAUUAUGGGGUCAAUGAAAAAGCUGCGCUGGUAGCAGAGCUCCGUGGGCGUUCGGGGACACUAGCUGUUCUGAACAUGGUGCCGCUGUUUCUUCUGGCGGCACGUAACAACCCUCUCAUUUCAAUUCUGCACGUCAGCUUCGAUACAUACAACCUUAUUCACCGCUGGCUCGGCCGCAUCGUUGUGCUCGAAGCCGUCACGCACACCGCUGCCUGGGCAGUGAAUGCCUGCGACGAGCAGAACCUGACCGCUGCUCUGGCACGUAUCAAAGACACGCCGUUCUUUACCUGGGGACUGGUAGGAACCGUCUCAAUGGUCUUCCUUGUUUUGCACUCACCUUCGCCUCUCCGCCAUGCCUUCUACGAGACAUUCCUUCAUCUGCACCAGCUUGCCGCAUUACUGGCGUUCCUCGGUGUGUACGUCCACUUGAACCUGGACAGUCUUCCACAGCGAACCUGGGCCAACGCCAUCGCCGCAAUUUGGCUCAUCGAGCGAAGCCUGCGAGUACUCCGACUCGUGCAUCUGAAUAUCUCAUGCCGGAACGGCUACACGAAGAUGACCGUCCAAGCUCUCCCCGGUGACGCAUGCCGAGUAACCUUCCACCUUCCAAAAAGUGUGAACAUCUCACCAGGCUCGCACGUCUACGCCUACAUCCCCUGCGUGUCAUGGUGGAUGUCGCACCCGUUCUCAGUAGCCUGGUUUGAGCCCGGCACAAUCGCCCACUGCGCAUCCAACCCUGUGACUCCCUCGGCCCUAGAAAAACAACCCUUCGAUAAAGACUACUUCGACCCUCCCUCCCAAACAACACAAGUCUCCCUCAUCAUCACCGCCCGUCAGGGCAUGACCCGCCGCCUAUUUGAUAUUGCCCGCGGCAAACCAAACCAACUCCUCCACGCAUCGGGAUACCUCGAAGGACCCUACAGUAGCCACCCAGUCAGGAUGCCCAGCUACGGCACAACCGUAUUAUUCUCCGCAGGAGCAGGUAUAACCCACCACCUACUAUUCACACGCGACCUCCUCCAACGCGCGUCAUCAUCCUGCGCCGCCACGCGACGCAUCUACCUCAUCUGGUCAAUCCGCUCGACAGACCACCUCGCGUGGGUUAGCCAAUGGAUGGACCAGAUCCUGCACCUGCCGUCGCGGCGCGAGAUCCUAGUAGUCAAAUUGUUUGUGUCGAAGCCGCGGCGGGCUGCAGAUAUUAUCUCGCCGUCUGCGACGGUGCAGAUGUUCUCUGGCCGGUGUAGGCCUGAUGUUGUACUCGACGAGAUUCUUCCGGGACGUGUUGGUGCCACGCUUGUUUCCGUGUGUGGGCCUGGGGCGUUUGCGGAUGAAGUGCGUGCUGCGACGAGGGAUAGGAUUGGGAAGGGGGCCGUUGUGGAUUUUACAGAAGAGGCCUUUACGUGGUAG